AUUCCUUAAACCCAUUUCCGAUUUUCACUACAAAGCGGGAAAACUCUUGAGAGAGAGGGAAAACCAAAAGAAAAAGAGAGCGAUAAAAUAAAAAACUUUUGCAGUAGUAGUUAGGUAUUGUUAGGGCAUUUUGGUAUCUGGCGAUGGCGAAUGUAAUCGAUCAAGAUCAGCAAUGGCUUCUCAACUGUUUGUCCGCCACACUCGACCCUAACCACGAGGUCCGUUCCUUCGCUGAAGCUUCCCUUAAUCAGGCCUCUCUUCAACCAGGUUUUGGAAGUGCACUAUCCAAAGUUGCUGCCAAUAGGGAGCUUCCACUAGGGUUACGCCAGCUAGCUGCCGUCCUUCUGAAGCAGUUUGUUAAGAAACACUGGCAGGAGGGUGAGGAUUCUUUUGAGCAUCCUGCUGUUUCAAGUGAUGAAAAGGGAGUCAUACGCAGACUUCUUUUAACGUCAUUGGAUGAUCCUCAGAGAAAAAUUUGCACGGCAAUUAGUAUGGCUGUGGCAUCCAUUGCCGUCUAUGACUGGCCAGAGGAGUGGCCUGACUUAUUGCCUUUCCUACUAAAGUUGAUAAGUGAUCAAACUAAUAUGAAUGGAGUGCAUGGAGCUCUAAGGUGCUUAGCCCUUUUGUCGGGAGACUUGGAUGAUAAGACGGUGCCAGCACUAGUUCCUGUUUUGUUCCCUUGUUUGCUUACAAUUGUUUCAUCUCCGCAGGUAUAUGAAAAAUACAUACGCACUAAAGCACUUUCGAUAGUUUAUUAUUGCACCUCUAUGCUGGUGGCAAUGAGUGGUGUAUAUAAGACAGAAACCACUGCAUUAAUAGGACCUAUGCUUAAACCAUGGAUGGAUCAAUUCUCUAUUAUAUUAGAACAUCCAGUGCAAUCUGAAGAUCCUAAUGAUUGGAGCAUCAGAAUGGAGGUUUUGAAGUGUUUGAAUCAGUUUGUUCAGAAUCUCCCUGGUCUUACUGAAAGUGAAUUUAUGGUAAUUAUCAGACCAUUGUGGGAAACAUUUAUAUCAUCUCUUGGAGUGUAUGUGAGGUCAUCUAUUGAAGGUACAGAAGAUUCAUUUGAGGGAAGAUAUGACUCUGAUGGUGCGGAGAAGAGCCUUGAUUCAUAUGUUAUCCAGCUGUUUGAGUUUCUGUUGACCAUCGUGGGUAGUGCAAAAUUGGCAAAGGUUGUUGCAAAUAAUAUCACGGAGUUGGUGUAUUAUACCAUUGCCUUUCUGCAAAUGACUGAACAGCAGGUACAUACUUGGUCAGUGGAUGCUAACCAAUUUGUCGCUGAUGAGGAUGAUGUCACUUAUAGCUGUCGUGUUUCGGGUGCACUUUUACUGGAAGAGGUUGUCAAUGCUUAUGGUAAAGAAGGAAUUGAUGCCAUCAUGAAUGGUGCAAAACAACACUUCAGGGAGUCUCAACAAGAAAAAGUUUCUGGCUCCACAGUUUGGUGGAGGACGAGGGAAGCUACUCUAUUUGCAUUAGCAUCUCUUUCAGAACAAUUGGUUGAUUCAGAGGUAUCAGGACCGAUCAGAGUUGAUGUUGGAAAGCUUGUGGAGCAAAUAAUCACUGAAGACAUUGGAAUUGGGGUACAUGAAUAUCCCUUUCUUUAUGCCCGUAUAUUUACAUCAGUUGCUAAGUUCUCCCCUCUGAUUAGCCAUGGAGUUCUUGAGCACAUCCUGUACGCUGCUAUCAAGGCAAUUGGCAUGGAUGUGCCCCCACCUGUUAAAGUAGGUGCCUGCAGGGCACUUUCCCAGCUCCUACCUGAAGCAAACAAAGAACUUAUUCGAUCCCAAAUGAUGGGUUUAUUUUCAUCACUUACAGAUCUUCUUAACCAAGCAUCUGAUGAAACCUUACACCUAGUGCUUGAAACACUGCAAGCUGCAAUUAAGGCAGGCAGUGAAACAUCGACAUCUGUGGAGCCCAUCAUCUCUCCCAUAAUUCUUAAUGUGUGGGCAUUGCAUAUUUCAGAUCCUUUUAUCAGCAUUGAUGCACUUGAGGUUCUUGAGGCAAUAAAAAAUUCUCCUGGUUGUAUACAUCCACUGACAUCCCGGGUUUUACCAUAUAUUGGACCAAUCUUAAACAAGCCCCAACAGCAGCCUGAUGGAUUAGUAGCAGGAUCAUUGGAUCUGGUGACUAUGCUAUUGAAGAAUGCUCCAAUUGAUGUAGUAAAAGCAGUACAUGAUGUCUGUUUUGAUGGUGUUAUUUGGAUAGUCCUUCAAAGUGAUGAUCAUAGUGAGAUGCAGAAUGCAACAGAAUGUUUAGCUGCUUUUGUAUCUGGUGGAAGAGAAGAAGUGCUAACUUGGAGUGGUGAUUCUAGGUUUACUAUGCGAAGUUUACUUGAUGCUGCUUCAAGACUUCUUGACCCUAAAUUGGAAAGCUCUGGUUCUCUUUUUGUUGGGAGUUACAUCCUGCAGCUUAUAUUGAAUCUGCCAUCACAAAUGUCACCGCAUAUACGAGACCUGGUUGCUGCUCUUGUUAGACGGAUGCAAUCUGUUCAAAUAGUGGGAUUGAAAAGCUCAUUGCUACUUAUUUUUGCCAGAUUAGUUCAUAUGAGUUCCCCAAAUGUUGAACAAUUUAUUGAUUUACUGACCAGCAUCCCAGCCGAAGGCUAUGAUAAUUCCUUCUCUUAUGUAAUGUCAGAAUGGACUAAGCAACAAAGUGAAAUUCAGGGGGCCUAUCAAAUUAAAGUCACUACCAGUGCUUUGGCAUUGUUGCUUUCCACAAGGCAUGCUGAAUUGACAAAGACCAACGUCCAAGGUCAUCUAGUUAAGUUUGCUGCAGGGAUAACCACCCGCUCAAAAGCCAAAUUAGCUCCAGAUCAGUGGACAAUGGUGUCGCUUCCUGCAAAGAUACUGGCACUGUUGGCCGAUGCAUUAAUUGAAAUCCGAGAACAAGAUUUGGCUGAUGAUGAUGAGGAUAGUGACUGGGAAGAAAUUCAAGCUGGGGAUGCAGAGAUGGAUAAAGAUUUACUUCAUUCACUUUCUGCUACAUCAUCAGGCAGACCCACAUAUGAACAUCUUGAAGCAAUGGAAAAAGUAUUUAACAAGGAUCACGAAGAUGACUAUGAAGCCGACCAACUAUGUGCUGCCGAUCCACUUAAUCAGAUUAAUCUGGCUCACUAUCUUCGAGAUUUCUUAGUGAAUUUUUGCCAGAGCAACAGACCACUGUUUGAGAAUCUUUGCCAGAGUUUGACGGAGUCUGAACAGGAUGCUAUCCAGAUGGUACUAAAUCACUAACAACUUGUAUUUGGGUCGAGAAUGAAUUUUGAGUGCUGUUCCAUCCAUUGUUGAUUGAAAAGGAAAAUUCCAUCUCUCUAGAGCAGUGAGAUGCAAGCCAAAAGCUGAGUUUGUAAAGCGGAAGGUUUUAUUAUUAUUAUUAUUAUUAUUUUAUAUAUAUAUUGUUAACAGUUAAGACAUCAAGCUUGAUGUAAUGGCAAGUGUCUUACACCAAAAGCGAUAGGUUGCAGGUUUGAGUAUGAGAAUCAGCCUCUCAAGCUGCCUGUUAUGACCUUACCUAGACCCUGUAAAAGUAUGAGUUUUGUGUACUAGGUAUGGCCGUCUUAACGGUUAGAAGCAUUGAGACUAGAAAUUUUGGAUUUAUGUUUGAUUAUUGAAUGCUCUGAUUGACCAAUUUGCUUUCUGGCGUGUAAUACUCUUAUUAAAAUUUUGUUGUAAUUUAUUAAAAACGUUGAUACAAACAAGAUGAAAGAAAAUAGUUCAUAUAUUCAUUGCA